AUGCUGAGACUGUGGACAUCAUUAAUGUUGCUGCUGCUCCUUGGGGCAGCGGCAGCUGCAACAGCAGCUACCACCGCGACCACUCGUGGGUGUCAGCCGAGCUGCGGCGGCGUUGAUAUCCCCUACCCCUUCGGCAUCGGCGCCGGCUGCUUCCGCAAGGGCUUCGAGAUCGAGUGCAUCAAUGGUGGCCCUGUGCUCGCCGGCACAUCCCUCCGGGUGCUCAAGCUGUCGCUGGAUCCAGAUGAGUCGCAGGUGAUGCUUCCCAUCGGGUGGGAGUGCUACAACGCCUCCGACCCAAUCGACACCUACAACAACUGGGACUAUGGAGAGACGACGAUGAACAAUGACGGCGUCUACCGCAUCUCCAACACCCACAACAUGCUCGUCGUCGUCGGCUGCAACACCUUGGGCUAUGCACUCAGCAAACCAACCAAGGGCAGCAACUACAAGUACGCCUACCAGACUGGGUGCAUGUCCUUCUGCAAUAACUCGGCGAGCGCGCAGGACGGCCUCUGCGACGGCGUCGGGUGCUGCCACAUCGACAUCCCGCCGGGGCUCACUGACAACUACUUCAACUUCCGGGAGUACGACCACUCUGCGAUGAUGGACUACAGCCCGUGCGACUACGCCUUCCUCGUUGACAGGAACAACUACACCUUCCAGCGGUCCGACCUCAAGAUGAACACACACCGGACCAUGCCGGUGUGGCUGGACUGGGCCAUUCGCGUAAAUGAUUCAAUCUCCGACGACAUACUAUCAUGCAAGCAAGCGGCCAAGACUGGUGAGGACGCCUGCGCCGGCACCCACAGUGACUGCGUCAACUCGACCAAUGGACCUGGCUACAACUGCAAGUGCUCCAAAGGCUACGAGGGCAACGCUUACGUCAUCGACGGAUGCACCAAUAUAGAUGAAUGUGCAGAUCCAGCCAAGUAUCCUUGCUACGGUGUGUGCAAGGACGCCCAAGGAUGGUACGGAUGCGAGUGUCCUGCAGGUUAUCGGAGCCAUGACCCAAGAACAGAACCAUGUACUCAACAGUUCCCACUUGCUGCACAAAUCUCCAUAGGUGCAACAGGUGGUAUUCUUGUCUUGGCAUUUCUGGCAUUCCUUUUUGUUCUUCGCAAAGAGAAGCAGAAGGCUAGAGAUUUUUAUCGAAGGAAUGGUGGGCUUACAUUAGAGAAAGCUAGAACUAUUAAGAUUUACACAAGGGACAAUCUCAAACCAAUUUUAAAGAGUAGCAAUCUAAUUGGCAAAGGUGGCUUCGGCGAAGUGUACAAGGGUGUUGUUGAUGGAGCUACAGUCGCAGUAAAGAAACCGAAUGGUCGUAGUGUGCUAGAGAAGGAGCAAUUUCCAAAUGAAGUCAUCAUCCUGUCUCAAGUCAGCCACAAGAAUAUUGUAAGGCUUUUAGGUUGUUGCCUCGAAGUGGACAACCCCAUGCUAGUCUAUGAAUUCAUCUCCAAAGGAAGCUUGGAGGACAAUCUUCAUAGUGCAGACAACGAGAAGAUUCUCGACUUGGAUGUACGUCUAAGUAUUCUUGAAGAGUCGGCACAAGGUCUAGCUUAUAUGCACUCACAAAUCCAUAACAAAAUCCUUCAUGGUGAUGUUAAACCAGCAAAUAUACUCCUUGAUGAGAACUUUUCCCCGAAGAUUGCAGAUUUUGGGAUAUCGAGGUUGCUUGCAAAAGGUAAGUACCACACUGCAAACAUCAUAGGUGACAUGUCUUAUAUGGAUCCAGUGUACCUACAAUCAGGCCGAUUGACUGACAAAAGUGAUGUCUAUAGUUUCGGUGUUGUCAUCUUAGAGCUCAUUAGCAGGAAGAGGGCCACUCAUUCUGAAAAUAAUAGCCUAGUGAGGAGCUUCCUAGAAUGUCAACAAAAAGGGGAGAGCGUGACUGAGCUUUUUGAUAAGGAAAUUGCAACAACAGGAGAUUUGGGAUUUCUUAACAAGUUGGCAGAGAUUGCUCUUGAGUGUCUUAACCUUGAUGCAGAUCAAAGACCAUCAAUGACAGAUGUUGCAGGGCGCCUUCUCAUGUUGCAUAGGUCCCGUAAUCCUUAGGUUUGUUUACGGAUCAGAGUUUCAACGGCAUGUAUGUUAAGUUGAAUAAGAUAGGUAGCUAUCAGUGUAAACCUUUGUUGUAUUUCUUGUUCCAAGAAAUUUGUACUACUAUAGUAAGUAACUUUACGUUUCAUAUGACCAAAUGUAUGAAUUGAUUUUCUGAUUAAACUAUA